AUGAAGUUAUAAAAGUAAGGGGACAUUAUUGAGGCAAACACAAGAGUGAGAUAGGAGGUACUGGUUAUUAUCAUCAAUCCUUUCAGACCAUCAGAGUGUCUCUGUGAGAGGCCACUCAAGCCCAAAACACUGUCCCUCUUCCCUUUCCUGUCUUCCUCCCCUGCCCUGGGUGCUGCUUUAUGUUUUCAUUGUUCAAUAAAGAACGGGUGAUGAAUGAGCACUUGCGAGCCGAUGUAGAGCCCCUAUUUGUUUUGUUUUCUCUGGCAAUUGGUCACCCCACUGUAAACAGAGACAGCCUCACAAUAGGAACUGUGGAGGAGAAAUCAAUGGGAUGAUUUAGCAGCUGCUACUUGGCCAAAGGGCCAGUAAAUGACCAUUUAGCCUAGUGAUCACAGUGGCGGCUGAGCUCUGAGGCAGCUAGCGUCGGGCCGGGCCAUCUCUGUGACACUCUCACAUUGAUCAUGUGAUGGGGCCAGCAGAGCUCGAUACUCCACUCAAGCUCCCAUUUCCAGUGACUCUAUAGUUAUUAUGAUUUUUGUUUGUGUGCUCCAGAUCAGAGAUAAUCUCCCAUCGAUCCCAGUGUGGUUAUCUGAGUCCAUGUGACGGCCCCGGCUUAGCGACUAUAUCAACAUAUCGCCCCAUGAAAAGGAUAAAGGCUGGCUGGCUGAAGGAGCACUCUGUGCCAAUCUCUGCUCUGAUGAGAGGGCAGCAGUUGAUUUCUCAGUGGGGAGCCAUUUUACCACCUGGAUAGUCAUCCACUCAUGUAGAGUUAAAAAUAUAGCCUGUAUAGAAUUAAGCACCCCUGGCUGUAACCUGGCAGAAUCAUUACAGACAAUGCUGAAGGUCUCCAUGAAUAGUUGCAUUUCAUUGUGAUGUGUUAAUAUUGUCUUGUGUGGCCUUGUCUUGCUCCUGUAGGUGGUGCUUUCAUGGCUACAUUGUUAAUAUGUGUCACCCUCCUAGUGGUACAUGUGCUGGCAUGGUUUUUUUCAGGGUGGGGUGACAGCUAUGGGGGGGCGGGAGAGAGGGGGGCACUGGCGGCUCUGAAAGCUUGUUCUCCCCAGACCACAUGUCCCUUGUCUCUCUGGGUGGUGUGUUGUGUACCCCCCUCACCUCCCCCCUGGAGGGAGACCCCAUUCAGGCUUAGUGCUGGCUGGCUGGGCUGCUCUGACAGAUGACAGCAUGUUGACCACAGGAAGGGAUCCCUUUAGUCAUCCCCACUCCCAUUGUGCUCUGCUCUACAGUACUGUAGCCUAGUCACACCACACACACAGAAAGACAGAUAGAUAGACAGACAGACUGGGGACAGAGCAAGUGUUACUUUAGCAGCAUCUCACCCAAACCACAUCCUCCCUCUCUGACUAAUGGGGGGAACUGUCAUUGUGAGGUACAAAUGUAUUACAGUUACUGUGAGUUUAUGUGGAUGUGUAUAGAAUUUGAUUCAUGUAAAUAAAUGGAUGAAAAUGUCCCAGUCAUCAGGUAGUGCUCAAGGCUGGGGCAUUAGGAUGCUACGGCAGAGGGAAAUGAAGGUUUGCUGUUUUUCUAGUCUGACCAUGAUCUGUUUCUUUCUCUCUUUCAGUUCAGCAGAUGAGAAGUUUCGCUGGAAUAACCAAGGUACGUACAUUGUACUAAGUCCUUCACCAAUGCAUCUUGUUCUAUAUUAUGUGACAGAGCAUGCAGCAAGCUCAGUGGAAUUGUAUACAUUGUAAUGAUAGGUGCAUCUUGAGAGUGGAGUGGAGUGGACCAUGCCUCGCUCCUAGGUCUGGACAGCUGUCAUAAUUUGUCAGACAGAACAGCAAGCGCUGUGUCUGUCCGGUGUGAAAUAUGGACAUCUAGUUGAGACUAGAGCAAAGUAUGAACCACAUACCACACCCUUGUCUUCUAAAGUUUCAAACAUAGGUAGUUUAGGAUUUGAUUGAAGCAGUGGUCAAAGAUUUAUGACUGCAAGUCAUGUUCAGGAUUCUGCUUCCCCUUAGUCAUCUACUAUGUGAAAGUUAAACUGAUUUUUAUUACAUUUGAGUCAUUUAACAGAUGCUCGUAUCCAGAGCAAAUAACUGUAGUGAGUGCAUACAUUUUCUUUCGUACUGGUCCCCCAUGGGAAUCGAACCCACAACCUUGGCGUUGCAAGAGCCAUGCUCUACCAACUGAGCCACACAGGACUGAUGGAUGAGUUUAGAAAUGUUUGGAAUGUGUUUAGGAAUGUUGCACAAACAUAAUUAUCUCAGAGUUAAAACAUAGUAAUCAUCCUUAUACGGUAGUAGCCUCAGCCUCCAUGCCUGCCACUAUUGAAGAGAGAUUAAUGCUGAUCUUAAACCUCUUGUGUAAGGCUUUAUCCCUUGGCACUGUUUGCCAAACUGAAGACAGAUGACAAGUAUGUCAGUUUCUGUAGGCACGGACAGACAGAUAGACAAGGAGAAGGUACGGCACGGCAGAGACACAUUUCAGUGAAUAGUGAAGCUACAGAGCUUUUGGUUUAUCUAGCAUGGUCACUACCACUUUGCCGUCAGUGUGCCUGUAGUAAACCUCAGCUGCUUGUACAUUUUGGACUAUUUGUGAGGUAACGGUACAAUAAUCCUGCUUCUCCAUUCAUUGCUGUGUCUCCACAGACGGACAGAAGGACAUUGAGGAGGAACUGACGACUGGCUUGGAGCUGGUGGACUCCUGCAUUAGGUCACUCCAGGAAUCUGGGAUCCUUGACUCCCAGGAAUUCUCCACAGGUGACAGUAAGGAUGCUCCUUACAUUAUACAGUGCAGACAAUUUUUUGGUAUAUUAAAACAUACAAUCUACUUGCAGUGAAGCCGCUCAACAUUUACAUUACAUUCAGUCAUCUAACAUCUGCCUUUUUCGAAAGUUGAAACGUGAAUAAAAUGGUUUGAUUUCCAAGCUGAAAGACAUUGUAUCCUUACCAUAGAUAAGAUACACUACAUGACCAAAAGUAUGUGGACACCUGCUUGUCGAACAUCCCAUUCCAAAAUCAUGAGCAUUAAUAUGGAGUUGGUCCCCCCUUUGCUGCUAUAACCACCUCCACUCUUCUGGGAAGGCUUUCCACUAGAUGUUGGAACAUUGCUGCGGGGACAUUGCUGCGGGGCCUGGCUCGCAGUCGGCGUUCCGAUUCAUCCCAAAGGUGUUCGAUGGGAUUGAGGUCAGGGCUCUGUGCAGGCCAGUCAAGAUCUUCCACACCGAUCUCGACAAACAAUUUCUGUAUGGACCUUUCUUUGUGCACGGGGGCAUUGUCAUGCUGAAACAGGAAAGGGCCUUCCCAAACUGUUGCCACAAAGUUGGAAGCACAGAAUCGUCUAGAAUGUCAUUGUAUGCUGUAGCAUUAAGUGGGGCCUAGCCCAGACCAUGAAAAACAGCCCCAGACUAUUAUUCCUCCUCCACCAAACUUUACAGUUGGCACUAUGCAUUAGGGCAGGUAGCGUUCUCCUGGCAUCCGCCAAACCCAGAUUUGUCUGUUGGACUGCCAGAUGGUGAAGCGUCAUCCAUCACUCCAGAGAACACGUUUCCACUGCUCCAGAAUCCAAUGGCGGCGAGUUUUACACCACUCCAGCUGACGCUUGGCAUUGCGCAUGGUGAUCUUAGGCUUGUGUGCGGCUGCUCGGCCAUGGAAACCCAUUUCAUGAAGCUCCCCGAACAGUUCAUGUGCUGACGUUGCUUCCAGAGGCAGUUUGGAACUCGGUAGUGAGUGUUACAACCGAGGACAGACGAUUUUUACAUGCUACGCGCUUCAGAACUCCACUUCACAAUAGCAGCACUUACAGUUGACCGGGGCAGCUCUAGCAGGGCAGAAAUUUGACGAACUGACUUGUUGGAAAGGUGGCAUCCUAUGACGGUACCACAUUGAAAGUCACUGAGCUCUUCAGUAAGGCCAUUCUACUGCCAAUGUUUGUCUAUGGAUAUUGCAUGGCUGUCAGCAACAGGUGUGGCUGAAAUAGCCAAAUCCACACUUUUGUGUAUAUAUAGUGUAUUUUAGAAUUCAUGAAUCACUAGAAAUAGACAAAUAGCAUGUCGUCCCAAAUGAAAAAGGCAGGAAGAUAUUGUUCAAGCCAACACAGAUAGCAUAAGUUCACUGCAACACUUUUUCAUCUUGGACAUUUUUAGAGAUGAUUGGCUUAUCAAAAGUCUAAAUGUCAAGAAAAAUGUCAAGAAUUAUCUGUACAAAAUCAACCAGAUACAGAAAUUCUUGGUAAUAGGAUCUCUCUCUUUUGUAGAGCACUGAGUGAUGUCAAUGACUGUGAAUGUUUCAAUCAGGAACUAGAUACCGCAGGUGUUCAAGUCUCUUAUCACGCGUUCUGCAUUCAAAACAGUUGUUUUCCCUUUUCUUCUGAUCCCUCACUUCAUUUGAUCCAAGCAAUGAUCUUCAUCUUUUUACUACGAGCUACUGAGAGAGUAUUAGCUGUCAGGAGAGAUUCAGCGUAUGUCAAAGGUUUGAUAUGGAAAUGAUGUCUCACUGAGGCAUCAGCAGCUUCCUUUGAGCACAGCAGAGUACACAUGUGUAUGAGGAACAUGGUUUCAAAACAGCCACUACAAAAGCAAUCACAUUCAUAUUCAAUGUGCUGAAAAGAGCAGCGAGUUUUGGAGCUAGAAAGAAAGAAAAUGUGCAGAUAGUACUAGUAUAUGCAGUCUGUGUGUGUGUGUGUCUAUGGGUAUACGUACGUACGUGCGCAUGCAUACAUGUAUGUGUGUCAUAGUCUGUGUUUGUACGUGCAUGUGCAUUCCCUCUCUAGCAGUUAGGCUAAAAUGAAAAAUGUAAAUGUGUUCAUACAGAAUACAGAUUAUAGACUAGAUGAAUGAAGGAGCCACUCCCUGCAUAUUUAAAGCACCCUAAGCGACCACCUUGCCAGGGAUAUUCCUCUGGUCUGCUGGACUACUUUACUUUACCACACACACACACACACACACACACACACACACACACACACACACACACACACGGACUCUUCUAAGAAGGAUCCUGUAGUAUUCACUUAACUUCCUGAAAUCCUCUCCCAAAGACUCGCUACCAUUAACAUGAUUAUGUAUUUAUGAAAUACUCGACUACUUAAAUGCUCCAAUGCACAUAUGUAACAGUAUGAAGUUGUUUUUCAUACAGCCGCUAUUAGAUAAAUGUCACAAGAUAAAUAAUAUUGAGUCACUUACGACAGCAUUUUCAGUGCUAGUUACAGCAAUCAGAUUUUUCAUAAUGAGCUAGCUCACUUUUCUUGAAUGAAAAUUAUGGCAGUAUGUGCAGUGCGUGUUCCUGUGUGUGUGUGUGGGGGGGGGUGACACACACACACACACGGACUCUCUUCCUGGGGGGGGUGACAGAGAGAGUCCCCUGUAGCUCAGUUGGUAGAGCAUGGCGCUUGCAACGCCAGGGUUGUGGGUUUGUUUCCCACGGGGGGCCAGUAUGAAAAAUGUAUGCACUCACUAACUGUAAGUCACUCUGGAUAAGAGCAUCUGCUAGAUGACUAAAAUGUAAUGUGUGUGUGGGUGGCGGGAUGACAGAGAGAGAGAUGUUUGCGUGCGCGUGUGUGUGCCAAAGGCAGUUAUUGGGCCAGUUACUCCACUCUAAUGUGAAAAUAAGGUGGGUGUUGCCAGACCAACAUGGAUGUGAGAGUAAACACAGAGGAAGGUGUGAAGGCAGUCAAGGGAGGAAGCCUCACUGACCUGAGAGCGGUGUAGAGCACUGAAACAGGUUCACAGCAUUUUAUUUAAUGACACGCACAGUACUCACAGCUAUGUUGCUGAAAAUAGUAUGCUACUAUACUGUACUGUAGUGUAGAGUAAAUUGUAUUUAUUUUUGUGUGCAGUAAUUCUAUUUUCGAUUUACAAUACUGUGGCUAAUAUACAGUAUACUGUAUAAUACAAUAUACUGCAUCCUAUUGCUUGGGUAAUGUAAUGAAAAUGUAGGCCUAUGGAAAUAAAAUGCUGAUGUUAGUGUUACUAUUUGAAUUGAAUGCAAACUGUGCUGUUAUUUACAGGAGUUCUGGCAAAGCACAAAAAUGCAGGUCAGCGUUAGUUUUUCUGCAUGCAAUUGAAAUUACCUGUACGAGAGUUGUGGGGCCCAAAAAACUCUGUAGUCUGUGAUUACUUUUAUUGUUGGCCUCAUUCUGCACCACUUGUGCUCAGUGACUCCCAAUUCCUCCUGAUCCCUCCUGAUCCAUUAUGCAUGCUCUCUCUUUCUCCAUCUCUGCCUCUCUGGGUUUGAGAGAGGGAGAGAGACAGGGAGAGAGAGAGGCAGAGAGAGAGGGAGAGAGGCAGAGAAAGAGGUAGGUAGGUAUAAAGGUAGUUAUGUACAGAGAAAAACAAACAGAGAGAGAGACAGGGAGAGAGAGACAGGGAGAGAGAGACAGGGAGAGAGAGACUGGGAGCGAGAGACUGAAAGAGAGGCAGAGAGAGUGAGAGAGUGAUGGAUGCAGAGAGGCAGAGGUGAAAGAGAGUGUGGGGGAUACAGAGACAGAGGGUAAGAGGUUGUCUCAAUAUUUCAGCUCCACUCUCCUCCCCAAACAGGACAAGGCCUGCUAUCCCAGAGUGCACUGCAGCUCAACAAUCAGGAUGGAACACUCCCUUACCCAGCCGGUUACCACAGCAACCAGACACUAGAGGCCCCGCCCCGCAGUGGCCAGGUGGGAGGGGCAGUCCACAGUUACAACCAGGUGGGUGAGAUUUAGGUUGUGUCCCAAAUGGCACCAUAUUCCAGAGCCCUUGUCAAAAGUAGUGGACUAUAUAAGGAAUAGAGUGCCAUUUGGAACGUGCUCUUAGAUUGCCAAGGUCAAAGAUAAUUUAGCCUUUUUGCUGUAUAGUCUGGAUUUCAAGAUGGCAUGUGAUCUAGGUGGAAGAUUAGAUUAGAUUAGUUUAUUAGUCACAUGCACAGGGUCGCAGAUGUAAUUGCAGGGUACAGUGAAAUUCUUAAGCUCCGAGCUCCAACAGUGCAGGUCAGAAAGAGAUGUGAAUGAAACAAUAAUAAUAAUAAUAACAAUAUAUACAUACAUAUAGUGAGCUCCAAAAGUAUUGGGACAGUGACACAAUUUUUGCAGUUUUGGCUCUGUACUCCAGCACUUUGGAUUUGAAAUUAUACAAUGACAAUGAAGUUAAAGUGCGGACUGUCAGUUUUAAUUUGAGGGUAUUUUCAUCCAUAUUAGGUGAACCGUUUAGAAAUUGCAGCACUUUUUGUACAUAGUCCCCCCAUUUUAGGGGACCAAAAGUAUUGGGACAAAUGUGUAUUAAAGUAGUCAAAAGUUAAGUAUUUGGUCCCAUAUUCCUAGCACACAAUAAUUACAUUAAGCUUGUGACUCUACAAACUUGUUGGAUGCAUUUGCUGUUUGUUUUGGUUGUGUUUCAGAUUAUUUUGUGCCCAAUAGAAAUGAAUGGUAAAUAAUGCAGUGUGUCAUUUUGGAGUCACUUUUAUUGUAAAUAAGAAUAUAAUAUGUUUCUAAACACUUCUACAUUUUUGUAGAUGCUACCAUGAUUAUGGAUAAUCCUCAAUGAAUCGUGGAUAAUGAUAAGUGAGAAGGUUACAAAAAAUGCUAACCUCCAAUGUUAUUGUAAUGGUGAGAGUUUAGCAUGUCUUAGGGGAAUGACAUUUGUGCGUCUGUAACUUUCUCACUCAUCAUUAUUCACGAUUCAUUCAGGACUAUCCGUAAUCAUGGUAGCAAGUAUUAGAAACAAGUGUCAAGUUCCCAAUACUUUUGGUCCCCUAAAAUGUGGGGACAGUCCGGCAAAAAGUGUACAAAAAGUGCUGUAAUUUCUAAACGAUAUGGAUGAAAAUACCCUCAAACUAAAUUUGACAGUCUGUACUUUAACCUCAUAGUCAUUGUAUCAUUUCAAAUCCAAAGUGCUGGAGUACAGAGCCAAAACAACAACAAAUGUGUCCCAAUACCUUUGGAGCUCACUAAAUUUACAACUGUAACAAUGUUGCAUGUCCAUUGGGGGGUGGGAGCAGGGUAAAUGUCAAUUGAAACAAUAAUGCAAACAAUAAUAAGGUUCUUCCUGUGUUUCUUCAGGUGACAUCUAGCCGUGCAGCCCAGCUGGCUGCCAGUGUAGACACCUCCCAGUCCCAGUCCAGAGAUAGAGAGUUGUUUGCCCAGAGCCAUGGCAGCGCCUUCCACAUGCCUGACACCCCACCCACUCCUUCCAUGUACUACUCUUGCUCCACCCUGCCCGCCCAACGUGUGAGCUCCCCCCACUCCAUACAAGCUGUGGGCUCGCCCACCAAGCUCCAGCGCCUUGGCUCGGCCUCCGACAUGCCCAGCUACGCCACCCUGCAGCGGGUCUCCUCGCCCAAGCAGUCCCCCAGCCGGCUGGCAAAGUCCUACAGCACCAGCUCCCCCAUAAACAUGGUGGCGGGGUCUGCCGGACUGUCCUCCACGUCUCCACUGCACAUGGCCUCUUCAGGCAACACCUCGGGUUCGUCUCCUCUCCAUCAGUUCAGCUCCACCGUGGGUAACUAUGCCACCCUGUCCCCCAGCAAGCGCAUGCAGCACUCCUCAGAUCAGUACAAGAUCUCCCACGAGCUGUACGCCAACGCCACCCUCGGGAGGCCUGGCAGCCUGGCAGGUGGGUUCACAUGCUCAGACAGAGAGAUAAUAUCUUUACAUAUAUUAUGUCUAAAAUAGUGUUUUUUCUGUGGGUUGUAUUCAUUGAUAUAUAAAUAUUCUCUCAAAUUGUUUUAAAUGCUGUAGUUAAUAGGCUUGAUAAUACUAGAUGUUGUUAUUAACCAUGUUUGGAAUCAUAUAACGAUGUUUCCUGUAUUUGUGUUGUGGUGUUCAGGGUCCAGAGGCUCCUACAGCAGCCAACACAGUCACCUGGGCUCAGAGUUGCGACCUCUCCAGUCUCCUGAGCACCACAUUGACCCCAUCUACGAGGACAGGGUCUACCAGAAGCCCUCUCUCAGGAAUCUCAAUCAAAACCAGGGUGAGUCAGCCGGUCCGGAGCCCCUGCCCUGCAGCACUGGGCAUCCCCUUAUAUUUUACUUUGUGGCUCGCCCACUUCUUAGCCAACCAAGUGUUAUUGUUCCACAGUAGGUUAUAGAGGGUUAUUAUUCAAUGAUAAAAAUCAACAAUUUUUAUCGCUCCAUCAGAUUGUUUAGUUUAUCUACAUUUUUCAGUUCAGGUAUGCAAAUCCGAUUAGCAUCUUGAUGGCAAUUUGUUUUGUAGUCACAGAUCAUUAGAUAUUAGACAGAAAUUAAUCAAAAUUAAUCUUGCAGAAUUUACGCUCAAGCAUUGAAAACUGAGUCGGAGGCGCCCACCAUUGUGAAAUUCACUCCACAGUAUUUAGCCUAAUACUUUCUUUAAUGAGCAUGUGUAUCCUCUCCACAGAAUUUCCGCCUCACUUCAUUGCAUAUUAUGAAAUCCUACUAUACGAUCUGAAAAGCUUUCAUUUCCUAAAGGCUAGGGAAUUGGAGUUAUAAUAUUGCUUCCUGUUUGUAAAGACUGCAGGCUACUAUAUGAAAGAAACUGUGAUUCUUACUGGUGUUUCAUUGAGCAUGGGUUGAGAUGGUACAGACUGUCCAUGAAGGCUGUUGGAUCAUAUCCUCACAGCCAGUACUGUAUCCCUCCUCUGCUGAUUCUCAACCUAAUCUUUCACCUCCUUUAAGACCUUCUCACACUGUACGUCGGAUUCAGUCUUUUACGAUUAUUGGCAUUUAUUGUCAUGAAUCUUGCACUGGAGGCAGCUGUGCAGAGUGGUCACUAGCUGGCACAGCCACAAAGUCAUAAUAUAAACCUAACCCUAACUUUGGCCACACUACUAACCCUAAUGCCUACCCUAACCUUAAAUUAAGAUCAAAAGGCAAAUGUUUGUUUUGCUGAAUCCUUUACGAUAUAGCCAAUUUUGACUUUGUAGCUGGCCCAUCUAGCAGAAAUCACUCAGCUCUACCUCCAUGGCAAGAUUCAUGACGAUAAGCAUCAACCUGCGUUCACACUAUGCAAUGAUAAAAAAUUAAUAUCUUGAUAUCAACCUGGCCAGAUUGUACGAUUUGCUUCAGUUUUGUCAUCACAUUCUGUGAUUGGCUUGAGAGGCUACGUCAGCCGAUGCAGGCUACGUAAACUGCAGUAGUUUGAUUUCCGCAUGUGCCAGCACCAGCAGCGCAAGCCUCCCUCUAUGCUUAUGCGCCAGUGAAGUGAGUUCGGAAAAACUGAAAGUAUGCAUCUUAGAAAUAGUUUUCACAUGCAAACUUUAUAUGUCAGAGGCUUCCCAAAAAUAACAUGUGGUAGAACGUUGAUUUUGAUUGCCGAUUUUAUGCAUUUAUCAAAAUCCCAUCAGGUAGCCUGAUUUUAGAUGUAAACAAGAUUAGUAGGGAAAUCGUUCUUCUUGCAAAGCAUGUCAUCGUUUAAAUCGAACUAUUAUAUUAAUCUAGCUAUUCACAACAAUCAUAUUAUUGUGUGCAUACUCAGUGCCGGCCCUGUUCCUAUUGGCCCUGUUCCUCCCGGACCUGUUCCUUCCGGUAUCGGCUCGUAACGCCAGCCACACUACACGAUAAAGGCUCAACAUUUUUGACAGUGCCAGAACUUUGUCAAAGCCUACGACCGCACAUAGUGGUACUUAAUCGGCAGAUCUAGACCCUGUCACACUGAACAAGCCAAGACUUCCGACAAUCGUUUAUGACCUAAGAAUUUGCCCACAAUGUGGACAUUUUGUCUGGGGUGGCAAAAUCGUAGCAUAAGACGGCUAAAAUCGUACAGUCUGUGUUGGCCUUUAGGCAACCCCACAGGGCAACAUUUCACAUCUGGUGGUUUAAUGUUGUUUUUUGCUCGUUUGGUUGUCCAAAAUGUUGCAUCAACAUCAAAUACACUGCUCAAAAAAAUAAAGGGAACACUAAAAUAACACAUCCUAGAUCUGAAUGAAUGAAAUAAUCUUAUUAAAUACUUUUUUCUUUACAUAGUUGAAUGUGCUGACAACAAAAUCACACAAAAAUUAUCAAUGGAAAUCAAAUGUAUCAACCCAUGGAGGUCUGGAUUUGGAGUCACCCUCAAAAUUAAAGUGGAAAACCAUACUACAGGCUGAUCCAACUUUGAUGUAAUGUCCUUAAAACAAGUCAAAAUGAGGCUCAGUAGUGUGUGUGGCCUCCACGUGCCUGUAUGACCUCCCUACAAUGGCUGGGCAUGCUCCUGAUGAGGUGGCGGAUGGUCUCCUGAGGGAUCUCCUCCCAGACCUGGACUAAAGCAUCCGCCAACUCCUGGACAGUCUGUGGUGCAACGUGGCGUUGGUGGAUGGAGCGAGACAUGAUGUCCCAGAUGUGCUCAAAUGGAUUCAGGUCUGGGGAACGGGCGGUCCAUAGCAUCAAUGCCUUCCUCUUGCAGGAACUGCUGACACACUCCAGCCACAUGAGGUCUAGCAUAUAUUCUUGCAUUAGGAGGAACCCAUGGCCAACCGCACCAGCAUCUGCUCUCACAAGGGGUCUGAGGAUCUCAUCUCGGUACAUAAUGGCAGUCAGGCUACCUCUGGCGAGCACAUGGAGGGCUAUGCGGCCCCCCAAAGAAAUGCCACCCCACACCAUGACUGACCCACCGCCAAACCGGUCAUGCUGGAGGAUGUUGCAGGCAGCAGAACAUUCUCCACGGCGUCUCCAGACUCUGUCACGUCUGUCACAUGUGCUCAGUGUGAACCUGCUUUCAUCUGUGAAGAGCACAGGGCGCCAGUGGCGAAUUUGCCAAUCUUAAGGUUCUCUGGCAAAUGCCAAACGUCCUGCAUGGUGUUGGGCUGUAAGCACAACCCCCACCUGUGGACGUCGGGCCCUCAUACCACCCUCAUGGUGUCUGUUUCUGACCGUUCGAGCAGACACAUGCACAUUUGUGGCCUGCUGGAGGUCAUUUUGCAGGGCUCUUGCAGUGCUCCUCCUGCUCCUCCUUGCACAAAGGCGGCGGUAGCAGUCCUGCUGCUGGGUUGUUGCCCUCCUACGGCCUCCUCCACGUCUCCUGAUGUACUGGCCUGUCUCCUGGUAGCGCCUCCAUGCUCUGGACACUACGCUGACAGACACAGCAAACCUUCUUGCCACAGCUCGCAUUGAUGUGCCAUCCUGGAUGAGCUGCACUACCUGAGCCACUUGUGUGGGUUGUAGACUCCGUCUCAUGCUACCACUAGAGUGAAAGCACCGCCAGCAUUCAAAAGUGACCAAAACAUCAGCCAGGAAGCAUAGGAACUGAGAAGUGGUCUGUGGUCACCACCUGCAAAACCAGUCCUUUAGUGGGGGUGUCUUGCUAAUUGCCUAUAAUUUCCACCUGUUGUCUAUUCCAUUUGCACAACAGCAUGUGAAAUUUAUUGUCAAUCAGUGUUGCUUCCUAAGUGGACAGUUUGAUUUCACAGAAGUGUGAUUGACUUGGAGUUACAUUGUGUUGUUUAAGUGUUCCCUUUAUUUUUUUGAGCAGUGUAUAUAAUGAAAUCACAAAUUGCAAUGGGACACCUUUUUGUAGACCUAUUCACAUUUCAGACGGUGCCACAACGUUGUUUCUGUGAUAAUAUGUAUUCCAGUCAACCAACAUUCAUGGAUCUGAAAGACAGUGAGGGAAAAAAGUAUUUGAUCCCCUGCUGAUUUUGUACGUUUGCCCACUGACAAAGACAUGAUCAGUCUAUAAUUUUAAUGGUAGGUUUAUUUGAACAGUGAGAGACAGAAUAACAACAAAAAAAUCCAGAAGAACACAUGUCAUAAAUGUUAUAAAUUGAUUUGUAUUUGAAUGAAGUAUUUGACCCCUCUGCCAAACAUGACUUAGUACUUGGUGGCAAAACCCUUGUUGGCAAUCACAGAGGUCAGACGUUUCUUGUAGUUGGCCACCAGGUUUGCACACAUCUCAGAAGGGAUUUUGUUUCACUCCUCUUUGCAGAUCUUCUCCAAGUCAUUAAGGUUUUGAGGCUGACGUUUGGCAACUCAAACCUUCAGCUCCCUCCACAGAUUUUCUAUGGGAUUAAGGUCUGGAGACUGGCUAGGCCACUCCAGGACCUUAAUGUGCUUCUUCUUGAGCCACUCCUUUGUUGCCUUGGCCAUGUAUUUUGGGUCAUUGUCAUGCUGGAAUACCCAUCCAUGACCCAUUUUCAAUGCCCUAGCUGAGGGAAGGAUGUUCUUACCCAAGAUUUGACGGUACAUGGCCCCGUCCAUCGUCCCUUUGAUGUGGUGAAGUUGUCCUGUCCCCUUAGCAGAAAAACACCACCAAAGCAAACCGAUCCACAACAACUAAGAUCGUAGUAUUCCCUUGUGACGGGGGGAGGUCCGUAACAAAAUCCACCGAUAGAUGUGACCACGGCCAUUGUGGAACGGGUAGGGGUUGUAAUUUCCCUCUGGGCAGGUGUCUAGGUGCCUUGCACUGGGCGCACACCGAGCAGGAGGAAACAUAAACCCUCACGUCCUUAGCUAAAGUAGGCCACCAGUACUUCCCACUAAGACAGCACACUGUCCGACCGAUGCCAGGAUGACCAGAAGAGGGUGACGUAUGAGCCCAAUAGAUCAAUCGAUCGCGAACAUCAGACGGAACGUACACACGACCCACUGGACACAUGGGGGGAGUGGGCUCCGUGCGUAACACCCGCUCGAUGUCCGCUUCAACCUCCCAUACCUCCGGUGCCACCAGACAAGAAGCCGUAAGUAUGGGAGUGGGCUCACUGGAUCGCUCCUCUGUGUCAUACAGCCGGGACAGAGCAUCUGCCUUAGCAUUCUGGGAACCUGGUCUGUACGAGAGGGUGAAAACAAAACGUGUGAAAAACAUGGCCCACCUUGCCUGGCGAGGGUUCAGUCUCCUCACUGUCCGGAUGUACUCCAGAUUGCGGUGGUCAGUCCAAAUGAGGAAAGGGUGUUUUGCCCCCUCAAGCCAAUGUCUCCACGCCUUCAGAGCCUUAACAACAGCUAAUAGAACCUGGUCCCCCACAUCAUAGUUAUGCUCCACCGGACUGAGCCUCUUCGAAAAGAAAGCACAGGGACAGAGCUUUGGAGGCGUACCCGAGCGCUGAUACAGUACAGCUCCAUUCCCAGCCUCAGACGCGUCCACCUCGACUAUGAAUGCCAAGGAGGGAUCAGGAUGAGCCAGGACGGGAGCUGAGGUGAACAGAGCCUUCAGGUGACCAAAAGCCCUGUCCGCCUCAGCUGACCACUGCAGGCGCACCGGUCCCUCCUUCAGCAAGGAGGUAAUGGGAGCCGCUACCUGACCAAAGCCCUGGAUAAACCUCCGGUAGUAGUUGGCAAACCCUAAGAAUUGCUGCACUUCCUUAACCGUGGUUGGAGUCGGCCAAUUACGCACGGUUGAAAUGCGGUCAUUUUCCAUCUCCUCCCCUGACGCGGACAUGCGGUAGCCUAAGAAGGAGACAGACUGUUGAAAGAACAGACAUUUCUCAGCCUUGAUGUACAGGUCAUGUUCCAACAGUCGACCAAGCACCUUGCGCACCAGGGACACAUGCUCGGCUCGUGUAGCGGAGUAUAUGAGAAUAUCAUCUAUAUACACCACUACAAAUACUUCCUCGACAAAGGAUUGGAAGACUGAGGGAGCAUUCAUCAACCCAUACGGCAUGACGAAGUACUCAUAGUGCCCAGAGGUGGUACUGAAUGCCGUCUUCCACUCAUCCCCUUCCCGGAUAUGCACCAGGUUGUACGUGCUCCUGAGAUCCAAUUUGGUGAAGAAGUGCGCCCCGUGCAAUGACUCCGUCAUACUAGCAAUGAGAGGUAGUGGAUAACUGUACUUCACCGUUAUCUGAUUGAGACCUUGAUAGUCAAUGCACGGGCGUAAACCUCCAUCCUUCUUCUUCACAAAAAAUAAACUAGAGGAGGCAGGGGAAGUGGAAGGCCGACUGUAUCCCUGUCCAAGAGAUUCGGAGACAUAUGUUUCCAUAGCCACCAUCUCUUCCUGUGACAGAGAUACACGUGACUCCGAGGAAGCGCAGCACCCUCUCAGAGAUUUAUCGCACAAUCCCCCUGUCGAUGGGGUGGUAAUUGAGUCGCCUUCCUUUUACAGAAGGCGAGUGCCAAAUCGGCAUAUUCGGGAGGAAUGUGCAUAGUGGAGACCUGGUUUGGACUCUCCACCGUAGUUGCACCUACGGAAACACCUACAAACCUCCCCGAGCACUGACGAGACCAUCCCUUGAGAGCCCUCUGUUGCCACGAAAUAUUGGGGUCAUGAGAGGCUAACCUGGGAAGCCCUAACACCACUGGAAACGCAGGAGAAUCGAUCAGGAAGAGACUAAUUCUCUCCUCAUGACCCUCCUGUGUUUUCAUCCAGAGUGGAGCUGUGACCUCCCUAAUCAGGCCUGACCCUAAAGGGUGACUAUAUAAGGCAUGUACAGGGAAGGGCACAUCAACAGGCACAAUAGGGAUCCCUAAUCUAUGAGCAAAUAGACGGUCCAUAAAAUUCCCAGCUGCACCUGAAUCUACGAGCACCUUAUGCUGGGAAUGCGUGGAAAACUCAGGAAAUUCUACAUGAACCCACAUGUGCGCAACAGGGAGCUCUGGGUGAGUCGGGUGCCUACUCACCUGGGGUGGUCCACCAGUGCCCUGCCUGCUGCCUCGACUCCCUGAGGACCCUUUCCAGCACUGACCAGCAGUGUGUCCUCUGCGAUGCAGUUGGUGCAGGAAACAGCCCCCCUUCCGGUCACCCUUAGAUCAGCACCUCCGAGCUCCAUCGGUGUAGGGUCGGAAGUGCUGGGGAAUGGACUGGACAGACCCUGAUCCGGACGUCCGCGGGUGGCCAACAGGUUAUCCAGUCUAAUCGAUAAAUCCACCAGUUGGUCCAGGUUAAGGGUGGUGUCCCUGCAGGCCAGCUCCUGGCGAACGUCCUCCCGUAGGCUGCAUCGGUAAUGGUCGAUCAGGGCCCUCUCAUUCCAUCCUGCGCUGGCUGCCAAGGUCCUGAAGUCCAGUGCAAAGUCCUAUGCGCUCCUCUUCCCCUGUCUGAGGUGGAAUAACUGUUCCCCCGUCACUCACCCCUCCGGUGGAUGAUCAAAUACCGCCCGGAAACGGCGGGUGAAAUCCUCAUAGCGCACCGAUGCCGCGUCUAUACUUCCCCACUUAGCGUUGGCCCACUCGAGCGCUUUCCCCGACAGACAGGAGAUGAGGGCGGACACGCUCUCGUAUCCCGAGGGAGCCAGGUGGAUGGUUGUCAGGUAGAGCUACACCUGGAGCAGAAACCCCUGGCACCCGGCAGCUGUUCCAUCAUAUGCCCUCGGGAGCGAGAGCCGAAUCCCACUGGAUCCAGGUGGUGAAGGGGUGGACAGCGGUGUGGAGUGAAUAGUAGUGGAAGGAGGUGUAGAAAACCCCCCCCUCUCCCAUCGCUCCAUAGUCUGUACCACUCUAUCCAUGGCUGUGCCAAGAGUCUGUAGCAUGGUUGAGUGCUGCUGGAUGCGUUCCUCCACCGAUCCUGGAGGAAUGGAUGUACCUGCUGACUCCAUAACGGGUGUGUGAUUAUAUCAUGCGUCAGUGUGUAGCGGUAGGACGGAGUCAGGGGCAGGACACAGAACUAAGUAAAUAAACAUAUCCUCCACGCAGGGAAGAAAAUACAGACUCACAAAGCAAAUGACAACAAGACAACGAACAAUCACGCACAACACCAUGAGAGAACCAGAGGGUAAAAUAGGGAAACAAAUUAACGUACAUUGGAACCAGGUGUGUGCAAUAAAGACAAAACAAGUAGAACACAGAAACUAGUUAAAAAAUAGUUCAGUGGCAGCUAGUACUCCGGUGACAACGAACGCCGAAGCCUGCCCGAGCAAGGAGGAGGAGCAGCCUUGGCUGAAUUCGUGACACCGUUAGUAAACCCGCUACAAUCAUGCAGUACAGUGUACAGUCAUCAAGCAGUUUAGCACUACACCGGCAGGCCCCGGUGGCAAUAAAUUUAUAAAACCAAAAGCUUACCUUGACUUGGAAGAGUUCCAGUGUUGGAUAGCCAUAGACAGCUAGCUAACAUAGCAUCCCUCUCUGUUUGAGCCGGGUGUUUGAGUAGGCUAAACUAGCUAGCUGCAUUUGUCAACUACUCACCACAUGUUAUGCACUGCAGUGCUAGCUAGCUGUAGCUUAUGCUUUCAGUGCUAGAUUUUUGAUUUUUGAUUUAUUUCACCUUUAUUUAACCAGGUAGGCCAGUUGAGAACAAGUUCUCAUUUACAACUGUGACCUGGCCAAGAUAAAGCAAAGCAGUGCGAUAAAAAAAACAACAACACAGAGUUACAUAUGGGAUAAACAAAAACGUACAGUCAAUAACACAAUAGAAAAAUGGAAAAUCUAUAUACAGUGUGUGAAAAUGUAGUAAGUUAUGGAGGUAAGGCAAUAAAUAGGCAAUAGUGCAAAAUAAUUACAAUUUAGUAUUAACACUGGCGUGAUAGAUGUGCAGAAGAUGAUGUGCAAAUAGAGAUACUGGGGUGCAAAUGAACAGAAUAAAUAACAAUAUGGGGAUGAGGUAGUUGGGUGGGCUAAUUACAGAGGGGCUGUGUACAGGUGCAGUGAUCAGUAAGCUGCUCUGACAACUGAUGCUUAAAGUUAGUGAGGGAGAUAAGAGUCUCCAGCUUCAGAGAUUUUUGCAAUUCGUUCCAGUCAUUGGCAGCAGAGAACUGGAAGGAAUGGCAGCCAAAGGAGGUGUUGGCUUUGGGGAUGACCAGUGAGAUAUACAGUGGGGAGAACAAGUAUUUGAUACACUGCCGAUUUUGCAGGUUUUCCUACUUACAAAGCAUGUAGAGGUCUGUAAUUUUUAUGAUAGGUACACUUCAACUGUGAGAGACGGAAUCUAAAACAAAAAUCCAGAAAAUCACAUUGUAUGAUUUUUAAGUAAUUAAUUUGCAUUUUAUUGCAUGACUUAAGUAUUUGAUCACCUACCAACCAGUAAGAAUUCUGGCUCUCACAGACCUGUUAGUUUUUCUUUAAGAAGCCCUCCUGUUCUCCACUCAUUACCUGUAUUAACUGCACCUGUUUGAACUCAUUACCUGUAUAAAAGACACCUGUCCACACACUCAAUCAAACAGACUCCAACCUCUCCACAAUGGCCAAGACCAGAGAGCUGUGUAAGGACAUCAGGGAUAAAAUUGAAGACCUGCACAAGGCUGGGAUGGGCUACAGGACAAUAGGCAAGCAGCUUGGUGAGAAGGCAACAACUGUUGGCUCAAUUAUUAGAAAAUGGAAGAAGUUCAAGAUGACGGUCAAUCACCCUCGGUCUGGGGCUCCAUGCAAGAUCUCACCUCGUGGGGCAUCAAUGAUCAUGAGGAAGGUGAGGGAUCAGCCCAGAACUACACGGCAGGACCUGGUCAAUGACCUGAAGAGAGCUGGGACCACAGUCUCAAAGAAAACCAUUAGUAACACACUACGCCGUCAUGGAUUAAAAUCCUGCAGCGCACGCAAGGUCCCCCUGCUCAAGCCAGCGCAUGUCCAGGCCCGUCUGAAGUUUGCCAAUGACCAUCUGGAUGAUCCAGUGGAGGAAUGGGAGAAGGUCAUGUGGUCUGAUGAGACAAAAAUAUAGCUUUUUGGUCUAAACUCCACUCGCCGUGUUUGGAGGAAGAAGAAGGAUGAGUACAACCCCAAGAACACCAUCCCAACCGUGAAGCAUGGAGGUGGAAACAUCAUUCUUUGGGGAUGCUUUUCUGCAAAGGGGACAGGACGACUGCACCGUAUUGAGGGGAGGAUGGAUGGGGCCAUGUAUCGCGAGAUCUUGGCCAACAACCUCCUUCUCUCAGUAAGAGCAUUGAAGAUGGGUCGUGGCUGGGUCUUCCAGCAUGACAACGUCCCGAAACACACAGCCAGGGCAACUAAAGAGUGGCUCCGUAAGAAGCAUCUCAAGGUCCUGGAGUGGCCUAGCCAGUCUCCAGACCUAAACCCAAUAGAAAAUCUUUGGAGGGAGCUGAAAGUCCGUAUUGCCCAGCGACAGCCCCGAAACCUGAAGGAUCUGGAGAAGGUCUGUAUAGAGGAGUGGGCCAAAAUCCCUGCUGCAGUGUGUGCAAACCUGGUCAAGGCCUACAGGAAACAUAUGAUCUCUGUAAUUGCAAACAAAGGUUUCUGUACCAAAUAUUAAGUUCUGCUUUUGUGAUGUAUCAAAUACUUAUGUCAUGCAAUAAAAUGCAAAUGAAUUACUUAAAAAUCAUACAAUGUGAUUUUCUGGAUUUUUGUUUUAGAUUCCGUCUCUCACAGUUGAAGUGUACCUAUGAUAAAAAUGACAGACCUCUACAUGCUUUGUAAGUAGGAAAACCUGCAAAAUCGGCAGUGUAUCAAAUACUUGUUCUCCCCACUGUACCUGCUUGAGCGCAUACUACGGGUGGGUGUUGCUAUGGUGACCAAUGAGCUAAGAUAAGGCAGGGAUUUGUCUAGCAGUGAUUUAUAGAUGACCUGGAGCCAGUGGGUUUGGCGACGAAUAUGUAGUGAGGGCCAGCCAAUGAGAGCGUACAGGUCACAAUGGUGGGUAGUAUAUUGGGCUUUGGUGACAAAACGGAUGGCACUGUAAUAGACUACAUCCAAUUUGCUGAGUAGUGUUGGAGGCUAUUUUGUAAAUGACAUUGCCGAAGUCAAGGAUCGGUAGGAUAGUCAGUUUUACGAGGGCAUGUUUGGCAGCAUGAGUGAAGGAGGCUUUGUUGCGAAAUAAGAAGCCGAUUCUAGAUUUAACUUUGGAUUGGAGAUGCUUAAUGUGAGUCUGGAAGGAGAGUUUACGGUCUAACCAGACACCUAGGUAUUUGUAGUUGUCCACAUAUUCUAAGUUAGACCCGCCGAGAGUAGUGAUUCUAGUUGGGUGGAGGGGUGCAAUUAGCGUUAGAUUGAAGAGCAUGCAUUUCAUUUUACUAGUGUUUAAGAGCAAUUGGAGGCUACGGAUGGAGUGUUGUAUGGCAUUGAAGCUCGUUUGUUACCACAGUGUCUAAUGAAGGGCCAGAUGUAUACAAAAUGGUGUCGUCUGCGUAGAGGUGGAUCUGAGAGUCACCAGCAGCAGGAGCGACAUCAUUGAUAUACACAGAGAAUAGAGUCGGCCCGAGAAUUGAACCCUGUGGCACCCCCAUAGAGACUGCCAGAGGUCCAGACAACAGGGCUUCCGACUUGACACAUUGAACUCUAUCUGAGAAGUAGUUGGGGAACCAGGCAAGUUGCAGCGGAGGGUGCAGAGCUGGUGGCCGGGGUAGGGGUAGCCAGGUGGAAAGCAUGGCCAGCCGUAGCAAAAUGCUUGUUGAAAUUCUCGAUUAUCGUAGAUUUAUCGGUGGUGACAGUGUUUCCUAGCAUCAGUGCAGUGGGCAGCUGGGAGGAGGUGCUCUUAUUCUCCAUGGACUUUACAGUGUCCCAAAACUUUUUGGAGUUAGUGCUACAGGAUGCAAAUUUCUGUUUGAAAAAGCUAACCUUUGCUUUCCUAACUGAUUGUGUAUAUUGGUUCCUGACUUCCCUGAAAGGUUGCAUAUCGCGGGGGCUGUUCGUUGCUAAUGCAGUACGCCACAGGAUGUUUUUGUGCUGGUCAAGUGCAGUCAAGUGUGGGGUGAACCAGGGGCUAUAUCUGUUCUUAGUUCUGAAUAUUUUGAAUGGGGCAUGCUUAUUUAAGAUGGAGAGGAAAUAACUUUUAAAGAACAACCAGGCAUCCUCUACUGAUGGAAUGAGGUCAAUAUCCAUCCAGGAUACCCAGGCCAGGUCAAUUAGAAAGGCCUGCUCGCUGAAGUGUUUUAGGGAGCGUUUGACAGUGAUGAGGGGUGGUCGUUUGACCGCUGACCCAUUAUGGACACAGGCAAUGAGGCAGUGAUCACUGAGAUCAUGGCUAUCUCUACAGUAGAUUGCAACUGCCCACUUUGGCAGUUCUAUCUAGACGGAAAAUGUUGUAGUUGGGGAUGGAAAUUUCUGAAUUUUUGGUGGCCUUCCUAAGCCAGGAUUCAGACACUGCUUGAACAUCCAGUCCAGUGAUUCAGUCAUUCCGGCAGAAAAUCCGAUAUGCUCUGGGUCGAUAGCGCGCUGUGCAGACUGUGCAGACUGGCCGAUAUUUGUCCAGGCUAAAGCUGGCUGGUAGGUACUACAGGCCACGGACAAUGCUGAAGACCGCUAACGGUGGCUAAUAGCAAGUAGCUAGCUAGCUGGCUAGCUGGCUAGUUUCAGCCGGAGGUUCUAGAUAAAAAGGUAUAAAGAAAUAAUAGAAUCCGUUCCACAUUGGAUGAGGCGGGUUGCAGGAAAGUAUAUUUAGUUAAAGGAUGGAAAGUGAGAUUGAGAAAUAUAUACGAAAAAGAAAAAAAAAAGAAAAAAAACUGGCUAUUUACACGAGGACACUACAGAAUACAUGACCGCACUGCUACGCCAUCUUGGAUCAUUCUCUGAUCCUUUCAUUGGUGGACAACAUGUCAGUUCAUGCAGUUGUCGUAAUGUGUAAGUCUAUGGAAUGGGGGUGAGAACCACGAGCCUCCUAGGUUUUGUAUUGAAGUCAAUGUACCCAGAGGAGGACGGAAACUAGCUGUCUUCCAGCUACACCAUGUUGCUACCCUACAGAGUGCUGUUGAGGCUACUGUAGACCUUCAUUUCAAAACAGUGUGUUUUAAUCAAUUUUUUGGUGACGUGAAUAUACACUACAUGAUCAAAAGUAUGUGGACACCUGCUCGUCGAACAUCUCAUUCUAAAAUAUGGAGUUGGUCCCCCCUUUGCUGCUAUAACAGCCUCCACUCUUCUAGGAAGGCUUCCACUAGAUGUUGGAACAUUGCUGCGGGGACUUGCUUCCAUUAAGCCACAAGAGCAUUAGUGAGGUCAGGUACUGAUGUUGGACGAUUAGGCCUGACUCGCAGUCGGCGUUCCAAUUCAUCCCAAAGUUGUUCGAUGGGGUUGAGGUAAUGGCUCUGUGCAGGCCAGUCAAGUUCUUCCACACCGAUCUCGACAAACGAUUUCUGUAUGGACCUCGCUUUGUGCACAGGGGCAUUGUCAUGCUGAAACAGGAAAGGGCCUUCCCAAACUGUUGCCACAAAGUUGGAAGCACAGAAUCGUCUAGAAUGUCAUUGUAUGCUGUAGUGUUAAUAUCUUCCUUCACUGGAACUAAGGGGCCUAACCCGAACCAUGAAAACACCCAAAGACAAUUAUUCCUCCUCCACCAAACUUUACAGUUGGCAAUAUGCAUUAGGGCAGGUAGCGUUCUCCUGGCAUCCGCCAAACCCAGAUUCGUCCGUCGGACUGCCAGAUGGUGAAGCGUGAUUCAUCACUCCAAAGAACACGUUUCCAGUACUCCAGAGUCCAAUGGCGGCGAGCUUUUCACCACUCCAGCCGACACUUGGCGCAUGGUGAUCUUAAGCUUUCCAUGGCUGCUCGGCCAUGGAAACCCAUCUCAUUAAGCUCCCAACAAACAGUUAUUGUGCUGACGUUGCAUCCAGAGGCAGUUUGGAACUCGGUAGUGAGUGUUGCAACCGAGGACACGAUUUUUACAUGCUACGCGCUUCAGCACUCGGCGGCCCUGUUCUGUGAGCUUGUGUGGCCUACAAUAACAGCACUUGACCGGGCAGCUCUAGCAGGGCAGAAAUUUGACGAACUGACUUGUUGGAAAGGUGACAUCCUAUGACGGUGCCACGUUGAAAGUCACUGAGCUCUUCAGUAAGGCCACUCCACUGACGGAGUCUACAAAACAUUAGGAACACCUGCUCUUUCCAUGACGUAGACUGACCUGGUGAAUCCAGGUGAAAGCUACAUUAUGAUCCCUUAUUGAUGUAACUUGUAAAAUCCACUUCAAUCAGUGUAGAUGAACGGGAGGAGAAGGAUGUUUAAGCCUUGAGGCAAUUGAGGCAUGGAUUGUGUAUGUGUGUCAUUCAGAGGGUAAAUGGGCAAGACAAAAGAUUUUAGUGCCUUCGAACGGGGUAUGGUAGUAGGUGCCAGGCGCGCCGGUUUGAGUGUGUCAAGAACUGCAAUACUGUUAGUUUUUUCACGCUCAACAGUUUCCUGUGUGUAUCAAGAAUGGUCCACCACCCAAAGGACAUCCAUCCAACUUGACACAACUGUAGGAAGCAUUGAAGUCAACAUGCGCCAGCAUCCCUGUGGAACGCUUUCGACAUCUUGGUGUCCAUGCCUCGACGAAUUGAGGCUGUUCUGAGGGCAAAAGGGGGUGCAACUCAAUAUUAGGAAAGUUUUGUACACUCAGUGUAAAACGUUUAUCCAACCAUAGUCCAACUGAGAGCUGCCAAGGUGGGGAGUUUCUAUGUGUGGAGCCUAGGUCAUGGCUGUCAGGGAGGCGGGUGCAGUGUAAAAGCUGCUACACUGUAACUAUUUACCUUUCACUCUGUGUUAAACUGACAGGCAGGCAGGCAGGGCUCCCUAGAGAUGGAUAGAGGCCUUCUUCCACAUGAUCAGGAUUAGCAGUAGCAGCAGCUCAGCCCUGACCAGGGAAUGCAGCAUGGUAGUCUGCAGACCUACGGUGAUACCUCAGAGAUAAAUGGCAAAGAGUGAAAGAAUGGUGUCUCAUCCCAUGGCUUUGCUCAAGCAAAACAUUUUAUAUGUUUACAGUACCAGUCAAAAGUUUGGACACACCUACUCAUUCAAGGGUUUUAUUGUAGAAUAAUAGUGAAGACAUCAAAACUAUGAAAUAACAUAUGGAAUCAUGUAGUAACCAAAAAAGUGUUAAACAAAUCAAAAUAUAUUUUAGAUUUGAGAUUUUUCAAAUAGCCACCGUUUGCCUUGAUGACAGCUUUGCACACUCUUGGCAUUCUCUCAACCAGCUUCACCUGGAAUGCUUUUCCAACAGUCUUGAAGGAGUUCCCACAUAUGCUUAGCACUUGUUGGCUGCUUUUCCUCCACUCUGACGUCCGACUCAUCCCAAACCAUCUCAAUUGGGUUGAGGUCGGGGGAUUGUGGAGGCCAGGUCAUCUGAUACAGCACUCCAUCACUCCUUCUUGAUAAAAUAGCCCUUACACAGCCUGGAGGUGUGUUGGGUCAUUGUUCUGUUGAAAAACAAAUGAUAGUCCCACUAAGCCCAAACCAGAUGGGAUGGCGUAUCGCUGCAGAAUGCUGUGGUAGCCAUGCUGGUUAAGUGUGCCUUGAAUUCUAAAUAAAUCACAGACAGUGUCACCAGCAAAGCACCCCCACACAAUAACACCUCCUCCUCCAUGCUUUAUGGUGGGAACUACACAUGCGGAGAUAAUCCGUUCACCCACACCGCGUCUCACAAAGGCACGGCAGUUGGAACCAAAAAUCUCCAAUUUGGACUCCAGACCAAAGGACACAUUUCCACCGGUCUAAUGUCCAUUGCUCGUGUUUCUUGGCCCAAGCAGGUCUCUUCUUCUAAUUGGUGUCCUUUAGUAGUGGUUUCUUUGCAGCAAUUCGACCAUGAAGGCCUGAUUCACACAGUCCCCUCUGAACAGUUGAUGUUGAGAUGUGUCUGUGACUUGAACUCUGUGAAGCAUUUAUUUGGGCUGCAAUUUCUGAGGCUGGUAACUCUAAUGAACUUAUCCACUGCAGCAGAGGUAACUCUGUGUCUUCCAUUCCUAUGGUGGUCCUCAUGAGAGCCAGUUUCAUCAUAGCGCUUGAUGGUUUUUGCGACUGCACUUGAAGAAACUUUAAAAGUUCUUGAAAUGUUCCGUAUUGACUGACCUUCAUGUGUUAACGUAAUGAUGGACUGUUGUUUCUCUUUGCUUAUUUGAGCUGUUCUUGCCAUAAUAUGGACUUGGUCUUUUACCAAAUAGAGCUAUCUUCUGUAUACCCCCCCACCUUGUCAUAACACAACUGAUUGGUUCAAACGCAUUAAGAAGGAAAGAAAUUCCACAAAUUAACUUUUAAGGAGGCACACCUGUUAAUUGAAAUGCAUUCAAGUGGACUACCUCAUGAAGCUGGUUGAGAGAAUGCCAAGAGUGUGCAAAGCUGUCAUCAAUGCAAAAGGUGGCUAUUUGAAGAAUCUCAAAUAUAAAAUAUAUUUAGAUUUGUUGAACACUUUUUUGGUUACUACAUGAUUCCAUAUAUGUUAUUUAUAAUAAUAAUAUGCCAUUUAGCAGACGCUUUUAUCCAAAGUGACUUACAGUCAUGCGUGCAUACAUUUUUGUGUAUGGGUGGUCCCGGGGAUCGAACCCACUACCUUGGCGUUACAAGCGCCGUGCUCUACCAGCUGAGCUACAGAGGACCACAUUAUUUCAUAGUUUUGAUGUCUUCACUAUUAUUCUACAAUGUAAAAAAUAGUUUAAAAAAAUUGAAAAACCCUUGAAUGAUUAGGUGUGUCCAAACUUUUGACUGGUAUUCUAUAUUCAGAAUAACAUUGACUUAUGACUAUAUUAUGUUGGCCUCACAGUGAUUCUUACCUAAUACCUGUCAUUCAUUUUCUUGAAAAGCAGUCUUUUCAGACAGAAAAAAAACACAAUACUAUAUGGAAAUUAAGGUGUUCUGUGUUCAAGAUCAUUCUCAAUGCUCCUCAUGGUAGAUUAUCAAAAAAUACAUUUCACAGUAAACCUACUGCCUAAGGCCUUUUUAGUGUUCUGAGAGAAGUCCAUCUGUUGUGUUCUAUUAGAGUGAUUGAUCAUUCAUCUACAGAAUGCCUACUUCUUCUUGUGGCCAUUUGUCAAUUAUGUGUUUAUCUAACUGUAAUUUGACAAAGUGACAUUUUGUGCAUUCGUCAUAAUUCAUACAGGAUAAAUGUACUGAAAGUAAUGAAAUGUAUUAAAAUGUACCUGAAUCUUUUGUGACACAUUUAGUAUGUUUUUCUGUGUAUUGUUUCCUUAUAGUUCUUGGCAGAGGCUUCCAAGGGAAGUAUUGAACAAUUAAUUAAAUGAAUGAUCCUUUCUGGCUUUCUUUUGAUUUUGCUUUCGCCCUCUUGUUCCCCUCCUCUUAUUUCUCUGGUGUUUGGUUGUUCUGUUUCUCUUCUCACUGUGUGCUCGCUCAUUCCUCUGCCUAGACCCAGUAAACCAGUUUUGUGAAGAAGUCCUGAACUUUCUGCUCUGUCCCUACUUCCCUCCUGCCGUAGCCCCGUCUUCCCCUGGUGUUGACUCCAUCCCCUUGCAGCGUACAGGCAGCCAGAACGCCUCAGGCACUUUGCCCUACCAGAGAAGCAGCUUUGCCACUGGCUCAGCUGCCGAAUACGCCAACCCGUACCGCACCCUCCAGUUCUGCCCAUCCACCGAGUCUCCCUACAGCAAGUCUGGCCCCGUGCUGCCCCCGGAGGCCGCACUGGCCCGCUCACCUUCUGUCGACAGCAUCCAGAAGGAUCCCAGGUGAGUGCAACUACAGCGCUGCUAUUUAUAACACAUCUCACCUCUCCUCCCCUUCAGUCAGACCACUGAAUAUAAAGCACACAUCCACAUCACAUCACUGCCUACCAGUCCCUCCCCUGUUUGGCCGGUCGGUACCACUAUGCUGUGAAUGACACAGCCACUGUUUUCUGGAGGGCACAUGAAUCUUGUUAAACCUCACCUUUUCCUUCACCUUGUGUUGUUUAAACUUUUACGUGUGUGUGUCUGUGUCUCUGUGUGUGUGUGUGUGUGUGUGUGUGUGUGUGUGUGUGUGUGUAUGUGUGUGUGUGGUGUGUAUGUGUGUGUGUGUGUGUGUGUGUGUGUGUGAGUGUCAUAAAGUGUUUGACUGGGAGUGGCCUUGAGUCAUAAGCUGUAUGGCUGUAUUGCUAUACUAUCAGAGUUGCUUUUGUGUGGGUCUGA